GUGCUCUCUCUCUCUCUGUGUCACUGAGUUGUUCACUGUAGGGUAUAGAGAGACUUCAUACUAAAAUAUAAGCACUGGCACUUAGGUUAUACCAAAACCUUGGCUCAACCUUUUGCUGAUCCAUGGAGAAGAUGGCAUCUCCUCUCUAGGUUUCCUUUAGUGUACACAUAGUCUGGGUCACCCAGGGUCCAAAUGGAAAGGAUGGCUAUGACAUUGGAAAAGUUCACCCGCUCUCUUGAUGCCAAGUCUCUCCCUAGAGUACUGCAGAUACAAUCUGGAUAUUAUUUUCAAGGUUCUGUGUAUGAGCUGUUUGGAAGAGAGUGGAGUUUCUCCUAUGGAGAGCUCCUGAAGAUCAUUGGGAUCAGUGUCACCAGACUCAUUGUGGAACUUCAGUCUGAGGGUUCCAAAUCUAUGACAGUAGAUCUAUCUCUCGACUAUCCAGGCCUUUUCAGGAUCGUGGCCGACAAGAGGCCAUACGCCAGUAUACAGGAGAUUGUUGACUCAGUGUGUAUCAGCCCUGAGUGCCUGGGCCAGCCAGAGUUCCGCUGCCCUGAGGAACUACAGCUGGCUGAGGGGACCAUCCAGGCUGAGGAGAGCUUCAGAAUCACUGCUCUUAGGACGAAGCACGGAGACAGCCAUGUUGACUGUGAGGUCACGCGGAAAGACUCCAAGCACAUCUUCACUGUGAAGCUCUCGCACACUGGGGAGUUCUAUGAGUGUGCCGACGACCAGUUCUACACCCUCAGGGAGCUGGUGGAAUGGAAAAUGCCCAAAGGAAGGAAAAGGACAGUGACUUGGGCCAAGUCUUUGCCAUCAAAGGAGAAGUGUGUGUCUAAGUUGCCAGAGGACUACAGUGGAGAUCUGGUUCUCACACCUGUCUAUGAGCUCCAGACUGUGUCCAAGUUUGGGAAGAACGUUGUUUUCAUCCCAUCUACCCUUGACGUUGAGGUGUUGGACGUAACCGAGGAGAGUGACGGUGCCUGUUUCAUGCAGCCUCUGUCACUCCGUGAUGUCUUUGCCAAGCCGAGCGAGGUCUUCCCCUUCAGGGCUGAGAUCAUAGAGCCACCAUCACAAGUUCAGGAGGAAUUGGGUUUCCUGACGUCCUCUAAGCAAGUCAUUGUCCACAGUGCCUACCAGACCAAGAGGAUCCUAGCGUCUGAGAUCCGCAGUGAGGCCCAAAGACGCUUCCUCAUUCCAGUGUCUUACAACGGCAGGUUCAAGCGCAGGCCCCGUAUGUUCCCCACAGCAUAUGACCUAGAGGUAGCCAAGAGUGACAUGGAGCAGCUCCACGUGGUGGCUACCAGGGCCUUUGAGGCCGACUACGAGGGGCUGUCCUCGGUACUGGUGGGAGACCAGUACCUGGUCCACAAAAGGGAGACCAGCGAGGUGAUCUAUGGUGGCAGGAGAAAGACGGUGGAGGCCCUGGCCUGUGAGAAGAUGGUGGGGAAGAAGUACAAGGCCGUGCUGAUCCCCAUGUGUCUGGAUGGCGGCUUUGUGGAGGUGGUCCACGACAAGAAGCAGUACAUGCUCUCAGAGGUCUGCCACAGGUUCUCCCUGCCCUUCAACGUCAAGGUGUCUAUGAGGGACCUCUCAGUGAUGGAGGACCUCCUGGCUGGGGCCACAGGGCUGCAGCUGGAGGAGGAGAUCACUGACCCCUACCUUCUUGUCUCCACCCCGGACCUGGCCCAGUGCUGGGAGGUGCCUGUCAACCGCAUCAACAUGACCCUGCAGCUCCUGCAGCAGUGGAGCGGCCCAGAGCCGUCCCAGGGCAAGGCUGUCUGCUCGGCUGUGGAGGAGAUAGGAGAGGACUGCUAUUUUACCCUGAGGAGGUACGUCAAUGCCAGUGUGCUGCCUCCCCCUCGACCACCCAAGAGACAUCAACAGCCCUUAGAAGACACAUUGAAACUGCAGCCUCCCAGGCCAAAGAAGCCAGACCCCCCCUCUCCAAAGAGCCCACAUACAGCCAAACCAGCCAUGCCUAGCCCUAGUUCGUCUGAUUGUGCAGAACAGAACACCUCUAUACCAAGAAAUGAAACGUCCCUCACAAGUCUGGUUGCAGUGCCUAAACCAGGCCCACAAAAAGCCAUUGUUGAAGAAAACGGUCCUCACAACAAUACAAUUGAACAGGAUGAUGACUACACUCAUGAUUAUGAAUACAUUGAUGAGGAUGAACUUGACAGCAUCAGGAGAAAAUUUAAUGACCAAAGUAUUCACAAAACAGACAAGAAGAAAUCAGAAAAAAUUGCCAUGCAGACUGCAAAACAGGUUUAGUAUAGAAGUGAAUGAUUGGUUUUGAUGACUAAUCUAAUACAUAUCUAACCCAAGCUCAAAGUCUACCCCCAUAUUGUUUGUGUAAAGAUCAAUACAAAUGUUGGCAUGUGAUAUAUGCUGUACAGUGCCUUCAGAAAGUAUUCACACUUUCCCCACAUGUUGUUGUGUUACUAAAUGGGAUUAAAAUGCAUUUCAUUGUCACUUUCCCCACAUGUUGUUGUGUUACUAAGUGGGAUUAAAAUGCAUUCCAUUGUCACUUUCCCCACAUGUUGUUGUGUUACUAAGUAGUAUUAAAAUGCAUUUCAUUGUCACUUUCCCCACAUGUUGUUGUGUUACUAAGUGGUAUUAAAAUGCAUUCCAUUGUCACUUUCCCCACAUGUUGUUGUGUUACUAAGUGGGAUUAAAAUGCAUUCCAUUGUCACUUUCCCCACAUGUUGUUGUGUUACUAAGUGGGAUUAAAAUGCAUUUCAUUGUCACUCUUUUUGCCAACGAUCUACACAAAAUACUCUGUCAUGUAAAAAUGGAAGAAAAAUUCUAACAUUUGUAAAAGAUUCAUGAAAAAUAAAACACUAAUAUAUCUUGAUUAGAUAGGUAUUCAACCCCCUGAGUCAAUACAUGUUAGAAUCACCUUUCUGGUCUAAGUCUAAGAGCUUUCCACACAUGGAUUGUGCAACAUAUUCACAUUAUUAUUUUCAAAAUACUUCAAGCUCUGUCAAAUUGGUUGUUGAUAAUUGCUAGACAAUCAUUUGCAGGUCUUGCCAUAGAUUUUCAAGCAGAUUUCAAUUGAAACUGUAACUUGGCUUGAAUGGAACAUUCACUGUCUUCUUGGUAUGUAAUUCCAGUGUAUAUUUGGCCUUGUUUAUUGUCCUGCUAAAAGGUGAAUUAAUCUGCCAGUGUCUCGUGGAAAGCAGACUAAACCAGGAUUUCCUCUACAAUUUCGUCUGUGCUUAGCUCCAUUCCAUUUAUUUGUAUCUGUAAAAACUCCCGUCUUUAAAGAUUACAAGCACACCCACCACUAUGCUUGAAAAUGCAGAGAGUGGUACUCAGUAAUGUGUUGUAUUGGAUUUGCCUGAAACAUAACACUUUGUAUUCAGGACAAAAAGUGAACUGCUUUGCAACAUUUUCUGCUGUAUUACUUUAAGGCCUUGUUGCAAACAGGAAACAUGUUUUAGAAUAUUUUUUAUUCUGUACAAGCUUCCUUCUUUUCAAUCUGUCAGCUAGGUUAGUAUUGUAAAUUCAUCCUCAGUUUUCUCCUAACACAGCCAUGUUCAAAGGGAUAUACAAUGUCAUUUUUAAAUUAUGUUUUUUUUUUACCAAUAGGUGCCCUUUGCGAGGCAUUGGAAAACCUCCCCGGCCUUUGUGGUUGAAUCUGAGUUUGAAAUUCACUGCUCGACUGAGGGACCUUACAGAUAAUUGUAUGUGUGGGGUACAGAGAUGAGGUAAUCAUGUUAAACACUAUUAUUGCACACAUAGUGAGUCCAUGAACUUAUUAUAUGACUUGUUAGGCACAUUUUUACUCCUGAACGUAUUUAGGCCAUAACAAAGGGGUUGAAUACUUUUGUAAAAAUGUCUAAAAGCAUGAUUCCACUUUGACAUUAUGGGGUAUUGUGUGUAGGCCAGUGAAAAAAAUGUAUACAUUUAAUUCAUUUUAAAUUCCGUCUGUAACACAACAAAAUGUGGAAAAAGUCAAGUGGUGUGAAUACUUUCUGAAGGCACUGUAAUGUUCAUAUUUCAAGCAAAAUGUUAUGCUCUUUAUACUGAGCCACUCUUCCAUUUAAAUGUAUUAUUAUAUUCAUGAUACAAGAAAUAAAUUGUUUGUACGUUAAUCAACAAGGACA